CAUUCACAGUCUCCCAUCGCUCUCUCUCUCUUUCUAUUCCUCCGUCCCUCCUUUCCUCCUUUACUACUGGCGUCUGAGAGGCUGUUUUUCUGUGUGUCUUGCUCAUGAAGGGCCGCAACAAGCUCCCUUCGCUCUGCUCGUGUGUGAAGUACCGGUACCAGGAUGAGGAGACACCCCCCUUGGAGCACAGUCCAGCCCAUUUGGGUCAAGGGAAAAGCGCUGAGAUGCUUCACAUGAGCGAUAAGAACCUCGCCGCCAUGGAGGCAAUGCAUGGCUACACGCCGCACACACACAUCUCCCCUAUCAAGCCGGUGUUGAUGUCGUCAGGCCACACUCCUAUGUACACCUCUGCUGUUUCCACACUGGGAAAUUCUCCUCCAGUGAUGGUGAACACUGACACACUUGACGGCUCCCCCUACGUCAACGGGACAGAGGGGGAAAUUGAGUAUGAAGAGAUUACACUGGAAAGAGGUAACUCAGGCCUGGGCUUCAGUAUAGCUGGGGGGACAGAUAACCCUCAUGUUGGUGAUGACCCCAGCAUCUUCAUCACCAAGAUCAUCCCUGGAGGAGCUGCGGCCCAGGACGGACGGCUGAGUGUGAAUGACAGUAUCCUGUUUGUAAAUGAUGUUGAUGUGAGGGAGGUGACCCACAGUCUGGCUGUAGAAGCUCUGAAGGAGGCGGGGGCCAUUGUCCGCCUCUACGUGCUGCGCAGGAAACCAGCCGCAGAGAAAGUUACAGAGAUCAAACUCAUCAAAGGGCCCAAAGGUUUAGGCUUCAGCAUCGCUGGAGGAGUGGGUAACCAGCACAUUCCAGGAGACAACAGCAUCUAUGUCACUAAGAUCAUCGAGGGUGGAGCUGCUCACAAGGACCAGCGGCUGCAGAUAGGGGAUAAGAUACUGGCGGUGAACAGUGUGUGUCUGGAGGACGUGAUGCACGAGGAUGCAGUGGGAGCCCUGAAGAACACAGCUGAGGUGGUUUACCUCCGGGUGGCCAAGCCUAACAACCUCUACCUGAACUCCUACAACCCCCCUGACCUCACCAGCACAUACUCCCCUCACAUGGACACGGAUCUUGGCCCCACCUACCUUGGAUCAGAUUACCCACAAGCUCUCACUCCCACCUCGCCCAGUCGCUUCUCUCCGGUGUUGCACAGCUUGAUGGGGGAUGAAGAUCUUCCCAGUCUCCUCCUUCCCCUCCAUUUCUCCUCGUCUCUCCCUGACCCCCCGUCCCUCUCCCUCUCCCUCUCCCUCUCCCCUGCUCUCUCUGUCAGGGAGCCUAGGAGAGUGCUGAUCCACCGGGGUUCUACAGGCCUGGGUUUUAACAUCGUGGGAGGAGAGGAUGGAGAGGGGAUCUUUAUCUCCUUCAUCCUGGCAGGGGGGCCUGCCGACCUCAGUGGAGAGCUGCGCAAGGGCGACCAGAUCCUCAGCGUAAAUGGAGUGGACUUGCGUAUCGCCACCCAUGAGCAGGCUGCUGCAGCCCUGAAGAACGCUGGCCAGACUGUCACCAUCAUUGCCCAAUACAGACCAGAGGAAUACAGCCGUUUCGAAGCGAAGAUCCACGACCUGAGGGAACAGCUGAUGAACAGCAGCAUGGGAUCUGGUCAGACAACACUGAGGAGCAACCCCAAGAGAGGCUUCUACAUCAGGGCCCUGUUUGACUAUGAUAAGACAGCAGACUGUGGUUUCCUGAGCCAGGCGGUGGGCUUCAGGUUUGGUGACGUGCUCCAUGUCCUGGACUGUGGUGAUGAGGAGUGGUGGCAGGCCAGACGGGUCAGUCCUCCGACAGAAGCUGAGGAGGUCGGCUUUAUUCCCAGCAAACGCAGGGUAGAAAGGAAAGAGUGGUCUCGCAUGGGCACAAAAGAAAGGGAUCGCAGUCGAGACAGCCUCGGGUCUCAAGGGAGGGAUGAUUCUCAACACAGCUAUGAAACAGUCACACAAGUGGAGGUCCAUUAUGCCAGGCCCAUCAUCAUAUUGGGUCCUAUAAAGGACAGGGUAAAUGAUGACCUGCUGUCGGAGUUCCCUGACAAGUUUGGAUCUUGUGUCCCUCACACUACACGGCCCAAGCGUGAGUACGAGGUGGACGGGCGGGACUACCACUUUGUGUCGUCGCGGGAACAAAUGGAGAAGGACAUCCAGAGCCACCGUUUCAUCGAGGCGGGCCAGUACAACAGCCACCUGUACGGCACCAGCGUCCAGAGUGUUCGCCAGGUGGCAGAGCAGCAAGGAAAACACUGUAUACUGGAUGUGUCGGCCAAUGCUGUCCGCAGACUACAGGCCGCUCAGCUUCACCCUGUCGCCAUCUUUGUCCGGCCCAAGUCACUGGAGAAUGUCCUAGAGAUCAACACUCGACUGACAGAAGAGCAGGCCAGAAAGGGUCUGGACCGUGCUCUCAAACUGGAACAGGACUUUCUAGAGUGUUUCUCAGCUGUGGUGGAAGGAGACAGCUUCGAGGAGGUUUACCACAAGGUGAAGACGGUGAUCGAGGAGCAGUCGGGGCCUUACAUCUGGAUCCCCACCCGGGAGAGGCUGUGAGGCUGCCCCAUAACCCACCCCCAUCCCCCCAACCACCCUCAGACAGUCUGCCCUCCAGCCCAACCAGGGCAGAGAGACAGAGAGAGAAAGACACAGAGAAAGACAGACAGAGGGACACGUGAAGAUAGAGACAGGAGGGGAAACAUAAUCACACAGAGAGAGAGAGAGACACAGAAUAACACUAAAAGAGAAUAGAAACACAGAGAGAUAGACAUGGACGGUAUUUAAUAAAUAUGAAUAUAUUAUCAAUGUGUGGUGAGUACUGAGAAAGAUUGGACAGGGGUGACCCAGUUGGGUGUGGCAGGGCGGGGCAGGGUUGCGUCCCCGGAUUAGCACAGGAUAAAUGAUCUACCAUCUCUCCCUCUGCUUCUCUCUGUCUCAUUGGCUGCCUUUGACAUCCCCGCCGACAAGGUGGCAAAACCAUCAGCAUCCAUCUGAUCCUUCCUUUUUUAUAUCCCUUAGCCUUCUCUCCUCCUCCUGUCUCCCCUCUCCUUUCAGGACAUGAAAAGGAGGGAGAGAGAGAGAGAGAAAAGGAGAGUGCAUAGACUAUGGAAGGACAUACAGAUCCUAUUGGGUCCCUCUAAUCCAGAGGAGGCUCUUUUCUAGUGAAGAGGCUUUGCUCUAUGAACAACAUCCCACUAACCAAGACAGGCAUUUGCUCAAUCACCCACGAAAAGCAUUGCAAGAACAUUUUUAAAAAGCAGCACAAAUGAAAACUCAGAAGUUGAACUUGUGCAUGGGUCCUCAGAGGACUCAGAGAUGGGAGUUGAGGAAAAUGACGGAUAUUAUGAAGACCCUAUAGAGAAAAAGAAGAACAAGAAGAAUGGCCACCCGUCUUUCUGUUUUUCCCUCCUUUUUGAUGGAGGGAGGUUUUUAGCAUGUCUCUACAGAGAGAGGAGCAGAGCGGUGCAGACAGGGAAAGAGGGGGGUGUCUUUUCUUGUGUGCAAACUCACUAUGUGCAUUGACAAUGGAAGACCUCACAGUAUAACCACUGGGUCUCUUCUGUACCGCACACACAGUCAGCCGUACAGUAGUACCAUUCUAAUCCACCUGGCUGUUCUCCAAAAGCACUGGUUGUUCUGCCUGUUUACAACAGGCAGGUAGAUCCCAGGCUGAAUGUUCUCUUAAUGCACAACAGCAGAAUUCUUAUGUUCAGCUCUUUAGUGUGAAGAGCACCGCAGCCAAUUCUCUGAUCACUCUUCCAAAAAGACCCCUCAACAACCCACACACAUUGUUCUCACUGGCCGCUCUGAGCAGUGGUGUGUGUGUGUGUAUGCGUGUGUGUGUGUGUGUGUGUCUCUUCCUCCCGACCACUCUUUCUCUGCCUCUUUCUUUCUUUCUCUCGCUCUAUGUUUCGUCACACAUGAAGGCUACUUAUAUAUAACAUGUUUAACAGACAAAAUGGCCUAUAUAAAUAUAUAUUUUUAAUGAUGAUUUCUAACAGGAGAUGGAGACUGUAACAUGUAAAUCUCUUCAACAAUUUCCCAUUGCUUUCUUUGGGUAAUGUUUCUCUUGUGUUUGGUGAUUUGUUUUGGUCAUUGACUUUGCUUGAUUUCCCCCUCCACACAACACAGUCCUGACAAACAAACACACAAAGAAACACAUAAUACCUGAGAUAUACCUGAACUAUAACUGAACUAUACCUGAGAUAUACCUGAGAAAUACCUGAGAUAUACCUGAACUAUAACUGAACUAUACCUGAGAUAUACCUGAGAUAUACCUGAGAAAUACCUGAACUAUAACUGAACUAUACCUGAGAUAUACCUGAGAUAUACCUGAGAUAUACCUGAGCUAUACCUGAGCUAUACCUGAACUAUAACUGAACUAUACCUGAACUAUAACUGAACUAUACCUGAGAUAUACCUGAGAUAUACCUGAGAUAUACCUGAACUAUAACUGAACUAUAACUGGACUAUACCUGAGAUAUACCUGAGAUAUACCUGAGAUAUACCUGAACUAUAACUGAACUAUACCUGAGAUAUACCUGAGAUAUACCUGAGAUAUACCUGACCUAUACCUGACCUAUACCUGAACUAUAACUGAACUAUAACUGAGCUAUACCUGAGCUAUACCUGAACUAUAACUGAACUAUAACUGAACUAUAACUGAACUAUAACUGAACUAUAACUAGACUAUACCUGAGAUAUACCUGAGCUAUACCUGAGCUAUACCUGAGAUAUACCUGAACUAUAACUGAACUAAAACUGGACUAUACCUGAGAUAUACCUGAGCUAUACUUGAGCUAUACCUGAGAUAUACCUGAGAUAUACCUGAGCUAUACCUGAGAUAUACCUAAGCUAUACCUGAGAAAUACCUGAGCUAUAACUGAACUAUAACUGGACUAUACCUGAGAUAUACCUGAGAUAUACCUGAGAUAUACCUGAGAAAUACCUGAGCUAUAACUGAACUAUAACUGGACUAUAACUGGACUAUACCUGAGAUAUACCUGAGCUAUACCUGAGCUAUACCUGAACUAUAACUGGACUAUGACUGGACUAUACCUGAGAUAUACCUGAGCUAUACCUGAGAUAUACCUGAGAUAUACCAGGACUAUACCCGAGAUAUACCUGAGCUGUACCUGAGAUAUACCUGAGACAUACAUGAGCUAUACCUGAGCUAUACCUGAGAUAUAGCUGAGAUAUACCUGAGAAAUACCUGAGCUAUAACUGAACUAUAACUGAACUAUAACUGGACUAUAACUGGACUAUAACUGAACUAUAACUGAGAUAUACCUGAGAUAUACCUGAGAUAUACCUGAGAAAUACCUGAACUAUAACUGAACUAUAACUGGACUAUACCUGAGAUAUACCUGAGCUGUACCUGAGAUAUACCUGAGCUGUACCUGAGAUAUACCUGAGCUAUACCUGAGCUAUACCUGAGCUAUACCUGAGCUAUACCUGAGAUAUACCUGAGAUAUACCUGAGCUAUACCUGAGCUAUACCUGAGCUAUACCUGAGCUAUACCUGAGAUAUACCUGAGAUAUACCUGAGAUAUACCUGAGCUAUAACUGAACUAUAACUGAACUAUAACUGGACUAUAACAGAGAUGUAACUGAGAUAUAACUGAACUAUAACUGAGAUGUAACUGAGCUAUAACUGGACUAUAACAGAGAUGUAACUGAACUAUAACUGAACUAUAACUGGACUAUAACAGAGAUAUAACUGAGAUAUAACUGAACUAUAACUGAGAUGUAACCGAGCUAUAACUGGACUAUAACAGAGAUGUAACUGAACUAUAACAGGGAUAUAACUGAACUAUAACUGAGAUAUAACUGAGCUAUAACUGGACUAUAACAGAGAUGUGACUGACCUAUAACUGAGAUGUAACUGAACUAUAACUGAGAUGUAACUGAGCUAUAACUGGACUAUAACAGAGAUGUAACUGACCUAUAACUGAGAUGUAACUGGACUAUAACAGAGAUGUAACUGAACUAUAACAGGGAUAUAACUGAACUAUAACUGAGAUGUAACUGAGCUAUAACUGGACUAUAAUAGGGAUAUAACUGAACUAUAACUGGACUAUAACAGAGAUAUAACUGAGAUGUUACUGAACACUAACUGAGAUAUAACUGAACUAUAACUGGACUAUAACAGAAAUAUAACAGAGAUGUAACUGAGAUAUAACUGAGAUCUGAGAUAUAACUGAGAUAUAACUGGACUAUAACUGAGAUAUAACUGAGAUCUGAGAUAUAACUGAGAUAUAACUGGACUAUAACUGAGAUAUAACUGGACUAUAACUGAGAUAUAACUGAGAUCUGAGAUAUAACUGAGAUAUAACUGGACUAUAACUGAGAUAUAACUAGACUAUAACUGAGAUAUAACUGGACUAUAACUGAACUAUAACUGAGAUAUAACUGGACUAUAACUGAGAUAUAACUGGACUAUAACUGAGAUAUAACUGGACUAUAACUGAACUAUAACUGAGAUAUAACUGGACUAUAACUGAACUAUAACUGAACUGUAACUGAAAUGUAACUGAGAUGUAACUGAACUGUAACUGAAAUGUAACUGAGCUGUAACUGAGAUAUAACUGGACUAUAACUGAACUAUAACUGAGCUAUAACUGGACUAUAACUGAACUAUAACUGAGAUAUAACUGGACUAUAACUGAACUGUAACUGAACUGUAACUGAAAUGUAACUGAAAUGUAACUGAGAUGUAACUGAACUGUAACUGAAAUGUAACUGAGAUGUAACUGAGCUGUAACUGAGAUAUAACUGAACUAUAACUGAACUAUAACUAAGAUAUAACUAGACUAUAACUGAACUAUAACUGAGCUAUAACUGGACUAUAACUGAACUGUAACUGAGAUAUAACUGAGAUAUAACUGAGAUAUAACUGAGAUAUAACUGGACUAUAACUGAACUAUAACUGAGUUAUAACUGAGAUAUAACUGGACUAUAACUGAACUGUAACUGAGAUGUAACUGGACUAUAACUGAGAUGUAACUGAGAUAUAACUGAGCCUCAAUUAUUUAUCUCCAGUUACACAUCUCACUUCCUGGUUGGAGGUGCAGUUUAUAAUACAGUAAUAUUGGAUGGGAUAAAAAUGAUGGUGUGUGUUGUAUGUGGGUGGUUGUGCAACUGUGAGUGUCUGUGUGUGUGAGUGCCAGGCUCUUGAGAUUUAGUGCAAUGGUGUAAUGAUGAUAUGCAAUGAGAGUGGGUUUGUGUGUCUUUAAAAUAUAUACAAGCCUAGUAAUAAUUUGCACUGAUAGCAUUAAUACAGGUAUUGAGUGAGAAUCAGACAGAAUACAACAUUAAUUCAUGCAAACACUAGUUUGCAUUUAUUUAAACAUUGUUUAGAACUUUUGAUUUGAUGUUUAAAAGAGUGAAGUUACAGGUGGAAAUGACCGUUCAUAUUAAUUGUUCCUUUAUUUUGGCUCACUUGCUUUCCCCAGUGAGAGAUGGAAAGUGUUCAUGUUUUGGAUUGAUUAUGUAUUGUUAACUGCUCUCGCUCUUUCAGUUUUACUCACUUUGAAGUCUGUAUAUUUUAUUGUAUACUUUUUUGUUGUUGCACAUUGUCAGUUUUGGGGGACUGGCCAGAACUAUUGUAAAUACAGAGAUGUUGGGGUCGUGUGGGGUGUGUGGGGCGUGGGACUCUGGCCAUGCACACUGCUGAUUGGACAUUAGAGAAACCAUCAGAGCCUCAGCACUGGGACCUGAGCCCACAGCCCUGCAACAACCUCUAAUACACAGGAACACGUCACUUUGGGUGGGUCUCACACACACACAUGCACACACACACACACACAUGCACACACACACACACACACACACAUGCAGACACACACACAAGAACAAACAUUCUACAUGAAUGGAAUAAUAUGCUAUCAAUUUGUUUAUUUGAAAAAUCUAAUGUAUUUCUUAUUCUCUGUUUGUCAUCCAUAUCAUAGUGUGAUAUUCCUAAACAGAAUAUAUAUUCAUUUUUACUGAAAAGACUGAUGAUAAAUUACGACAGAGUCAACUGA